UAUCUGAUUCUGAGUAUCACUUACAUCUGUCAAAAUGAUGGACAUGUCGGAAUUCGGGGAGGCAGCUUCCUUCCUGAGGAAGAGUGAAAGAGAAAGAAUGAUAUUGCAGACAGUGGCAUUUGAUGGAAAGAAGAAAUGUUGGAUACCUGACGAGAAGGAAGCGUAUUUAGAGGCUGAAAUUAAAGAGACUGGUGCAGGAAAAGUCACUGUUGAGCUUGCUGAUGGAAAGACUGUCACGGUAAAGGAGGCAGAUGUACAGCAGAUGAAUCCCCCGAAGUUUGACAUGAUUGAAGAUAUGGCUAUGUUAACUCACCUCAAUGAAGCAUCAGUGUUAUCUAAUCUGCGCAAACGCUAUGCUAGCUGGAUGAUCUAUACUUAUUCGGGCCUUUUCUGUGUGACUGUGAACCCGUACAAAGCACUUCCAGUCUACAAGACAGAGGUGGUCACUGCUUACAAGGGCAAGAGACGUUCUGAAGCCCCUCCUCAUAUCUUCUCCAUUGCUGACAAUGCUUACCAUGACAUGUUGCGCAAUCGUGAAAAUCAGUCAAUGUUAAUCACUGGAGAAUCUGGUGCUGGCAAGACUGUGAACACGAAACGUGUUAUUCAGUACUUUGCCACAGUUGCAGCAAUCGGUGACCCUUCUGGUAAAAAGAAUCAACCAGCAACAAAGACUGGCGGAACCCUGGAAGAUCAAAUCAUCCAGGCAAACCCAGCCCUGGAAGCUUUUGGAAAUGCCAAAACCCUGAGAAAUGAUAAUUCAUCUCGUUUUGGUAAAUUCAUUAGAAUCCACUUUGGUACCACUGGCAAAUUGUCUUCUGCUGAUAUCGAAAUCUAUCUGCUAGAAAAAUCCAGAGUCAUUUUUCAACAGCCUGGAGAACGAAGCUACCAUAUCUUUUACCAGAUCACCACUGGGAAAAAAAGUGAACUACAAGAUAUGCUGUUAGUGACCACAAAUCCAUACGAUUUCCACUUUAGCUCACAAGGUGUUGUUACAGUGGACAACCUAGAUGAUGGUGAAGAGUUACUUGCAACUGAUCAAGCAUUUGAUAUAUUGGGCUUUAUCUCUGAAGAAAAGUAUGGAUCUUUUAAACUAACAGGUGCAAUAAUGCAUUUUGGAAAUAUGAAAUUUAAACAGAGACCCAGAGAAGAGCAAGCUGAGCCCGAUGGCACAGAAAAUACUGACAAAGCUGCUUAUCUUAUGGGCAUCAGCUCUUCUGAUUUGGUAAAGGGUUUAAUGCAUCCCAGAGUGAAAGUAGGUAAUGAGUAUGUCACCAAGGGGCAAAGUGUAGCACAGGUCAGUUACGCAGUCGGUGCAUUGGCCAAAGGAAUCUAUGACCGAAUGUUUAAAUGGCUUGUGAUCCGUAUUAAUAAGACGCUGGAUACAAAGUUACCCAGACAGUUCUUUAUUGGUGUGCUUGACAUCGCUGGAUUUGAAAUUUUUGAUUAUAACAGCUUUGAGCAACUCUGCAUCAAUUUCACAAAUGAAAAGCUGCAACAGUUUUUCAACCAUCAUAUGUUUGUACUGGAACAAGAAGAAUAUAAGAAAGAGGGUAUUAAUUGGGAGUUUAUCGACUUUGGCCUUGAUUUACAGGCCUGCAUUGAUCUGAUUGAAAAGCCAAUGGGGAUUAUGUCAAUCCUUGAAGAGGAGUGCAUGUUCCCUAAGGCAUCAGAUAUGACUUUCAAAGCAAAGCUUUAUGACAACCAUCUUGGAAAAUCCCCAAACUUACUAAAGCCCAGACCAGACAAGAAGCGAAAAUAUGAAGCUCAUUUUGAACUUGUUCACUAUGCUGGCGUGGUUCCAUAUAAUAUUUGUGGCUGGCUGGAGAAGAACAAAGACCCCCUUAAUGAGACAGUAGUGGGACUUUUUCAGAAGUCAGCCAACAAACUACUGGCUUGUCUGUUUGAAAAUUAUAUCAGUUCAGACAGUGACCAAAGUGGCGAAAAGAAGCGCAAGAAAGGAGCUUCUUUCCAAACCGUGUCAUCUAUGCACAAGGAAAAUCUUAACAAACUGAUGACGAAUCUUAAGUCAACAUCACCUCACUUUGUACGUUGCAUCAUUCCCAAUGAAACCAAAACUCCAGGUGUAAUGGACCCUUUUCUGGUUCUUCAUCAACUGCGUUGUAACGGUGUCCUUGAGGGAAUUCGUAUCUGUCGCAAAGGAUUUCCAAACAGGGUUCUGUACGCUGACUUCAAACAGAGAUAUCGUAUACUGAAUCCCAGUGCUAUCCCAGAGGACAAGUUUGUUGACAGCAGAAAAGCAUCUGAAAAACUUUUGGGAUCUUUGGACAUUGAUAGCACUCAGUUUCAAUUCGGUCACACAAAGGUGUUUUUCAAAGCUGGUUUGCUUGGGAGUCUUGAAGAAAUGCGAGAUGAAAGAUUAGCUAAGAUUCUAACAUUGAUCCAAUCAAGAGCACGGGGAAGACUAAUGAGAAUUGAAUUCCAGAAAAUUUUGGAAAGAAGGGAUGCAUUGCUAGUUAUUCAGUGGAAUAUUCGUGCUUUUAUGUCUGUGAAAAACUGGCCUUGGAUGAAGCUUUUCUUCAAGAUCAAGCCUUUGCUGAAGUCUGCCGAGACUGAGAAGGAAAUGGCCAACAUGAAGGAUGAGUUCCUUAAACUAAAGGAAGCACUUGAAAAAUCUGAGGCCAGGAGGAAAGAACUUGAGGAGAAGCAAGUCAGUUUAGUGCAGGACAAAAAUGAUCUCACACUUCAGCUACAAGCGGAGCAAGAUACUCUGGCUGAUGCUGAGGAAAGGUGUGAUCUACUGAUUAAAUCAAAGAUACAAAUGGAGGCGAAAAUUAAAGAUCUUACAGAACGCAUAGAGGAUGAAGAAGAAAUGAACUCAGAGCUCACUGCCAAAAAAAGGAAACUGGAAGAUGAGUGCUCUGAACUCAAGAAAGAUAUUGAUGACCUGGAGAUAACAUUGGCAAAAGCAGAAAAAGAGAAACAUGCAACUGAAAAUAAGGUCAAAAACUUAACUGAAGAAAUGGCGACUCUUGAUGAAACCAUAACAAAAUUAACUAGAGAGAAAAAAGCUCUACAGGAGGCACAUCAGCAAACUCUGGAUGACCUUCAGGCUGAAGAGGACAAAGUCAACAGUCUGACCAAAAUGAAAUCUAAGCUAGAACAGCAAGUAGAUGAUCUUGAAGGUUCACUAGAACAAGAAAAGAAAGUUAGAAUGGAUCUAGAAAGAGCAAAACGGAAAUUGGAGGGGGAUCUAAAGUUGACACAAGAGAGUCUAAUGGAUACGGAAAAUGAUAAGCAACAGUUGGAUGAGAAAUUAAAAAAGAAAGAAUUUGAAAUCAAUCAGUUGACAUCCAAGAUGGAAGAUGAACAAGCUAUCAUCAUCCAGCUCCAGAAGAAAAUAAAAGAACUUCAAGCUCGUAUCGAAGAGUUAGAAGAGGAACUGGAAGCUGAACGAGCAGCACGAGCCAAGGUAGAAAAGCAGAGGUCAGAUCUCUCCCGAGAGUUGGAAGAAUUAAGUGAGAGGCUAGAAGAAGCUGGGGGAGCAACAUCUGCACAGCUGGAGAUGAAUAAGAAGAGAGAAGCAGAGUACCUGAAGAUGCGCAGGGAUCUGGAAGAAGCCACUUUACAUCAUGAGGCCACAGCAGCUGCUCUCCGGAAGAAGCAUGCAGACACUGUUUCAGAACUUGGAGAGCAAAUUGACAAUCUUCAGAGAGUCAAGCAAAAGCUAGAGAAAGAGAAGAGCGAACUCAAGCUGGAAUCGGAUGAUUUGGCUUCCAACAUGGAGCAGCUUGCCAAAUCCAAGGGCAUAUCAGAAAAAAUGUGUCGCACAUAUGAAGACCAGCUUAAUGAAACAAAGGCCAAGUUGGAUGAGAUGACCCGUCAAUCAAACGAUCUCACCACUCAGAAAGGAAGAUUGCAGACUGAAAAUGGUGAAUUUGCAAGGCUUCUUGAAGAGAAGGAAUCAUUAAUAAGUCAGUUGUCACGAGGGAAGUCUUCUUUUACUCAACAAAUUGAGGACCUGAGGAGACAGUUGGAGGAAGAAACAAAGGCCAAAAAUGCACUGGCACAUGCAGUGCAGUCUUCCAGACAUGACUGUGACCUCCUUCGCGAACAGUUUGAUGAAGAACAAGAAGCUAAAUCAGAACUCCAGAGGUGUCUUUCAAAGUGCAAUGCUGAAGUGGCACUGUGGAGGAAUAAAUAUGAAACUGAUGCCAUUCAGAGGACAGAAGAGUUAGAGGAAGCAAAGAAAAAGCUAGCUGUACGCCUCCAAGAGGCUGAAGAAGCGGUUGAGGCAGCUAAUGCAAAGUGUGCAUCUCUGGAGAAGACCAAGCAUCGUCUGCAGAGUGAGCUAGAAGACAUGAUGAUUGAUUUGGAAAGAUCCAAUGCUUCUGCUGCUGCCAUGGAUAAGAGGCAAAGGAAUUUUGACAAGAUUCUAGCUGACUGGAAACAGAAGUAUGAGGAAGCCCAGGCUGAACUGGAAGCAUCACAGAAGGAGGCCCGCAGCCUGAGCACAGAGCUCUUCAAGCUGAAGAAUGCCUAUGAAGAAGUCUUAGAUAUCUUGGAAACUGUAAAGAGGGAGAACAAAAACCUGCAAGAGGAAAUUUCCGACCUGACUGAUCAGAUCAGUGAAGGUAACAAGACUCUGCAUGAAGUAGAAAAGGUGAAGAAACAGGUAGAGCAGGAGAAGUCAGAGGUACAGAUGGCUCUGGAAGAAGCAGAGGGUGCACUAGAACAUGAGGAAAGUAAAAGCCUCAGAUUUCAACUGGAGCUAUCUCAGAUAAGAUCAGAAUUUGAAAGAAAAUUGGCCGAAAAAGAUGAAGAGACAGAAAAUAUCAGGAGAAACCAACAGCGAAUUAUUGAAACAUUACAAUCUAACUUGGAUGCAGAAGCCAAGAGCAGAAAUGAAGCCACCAGGUUGAAGAAAAAGAUGGAAGGAGACCUAAAUGAAAUGGAAAUUCAGCUAAGCCACGCUACCCGUCAGGCUACAGACGCAACAAAAGCCAUGCGAAAUCUGCAAGCCCACAUCAAGGACCUUCAAAUUCAGCUGGAUGACAACCUUCACCUUUCCGAGGACCUCAAGGAACAAGCAGCAGUCAGUGAGAGGCGAAACAACUUGCUUCAGGCUGAGCUGGAUGAACUAAGGGCAGGACUGGAUCAGACAGAACGAGCAAGGAAGCUGGCAGAGCAGGAACUACUGGAAGCUACAGAAAGGGUCAACUUGCUUCAUUCACAGAAUACCAGUCUGAUCAAUCAGAAGAAAAAGCUGGAGAGUGACUUGUCCCACAUGCAGAGUGAAGUAGAAGAGGCCAUUCAGGAAUGCCGAAAUGCAGAAGACAAAGCCAAAAAAGCCAUCACUGAUGCUGCAAUGAUGGCAGAAGAACUGAAGAAAGAACAAGACACCAGUUCUCACUUGGAGAGAAUGAAAAAGAACAUGGAGCAAACCAUCAAAGACCUUCAGAAGAGACUAGAUGAAGCGGAACAGAUUGCACUUAAGGGGGGGAAAAAGCAGAUUCAGAAGUUGGAGUCCAGGGUGCGUGAAUUAGAAAAUGAGCUGGAAGUGGAGCAGCGUCGGAAUGUAGAGUCACUAAAGGGAGUCCGCAAGUUUGAAAGGCGCAUUAAAGAACUUACUUAUCAGGCGGAAGAGGAUAAGAAAAAUCUGCUCCGAAUGCAAGAUUUGAUUGAUAAAUUACAACUUAAAGUUAAGAGUUAUAAGCAUCAAGCUGAAGAGACUGAAGAACAAGCUAAUCAAUAUUUAUCUAAAUACAAGAAAAUGCAGCAUGAGCUUGAUGAUGCCCAAGAAAGGGCUGAUAUUGCUGAAUCUCAAGUGAACAAGUUACGCAGCAAAACAAGAGAUAGUGGAAAAGUACGUGAAGAGGAGUAGACAGUCUGAAGACAGUCUGAAGACUUGAGAUUGUGCUUUAUUCUACGGCAACUUGAAGUUUUCAAAUUUUCUGAAAUAAAUAUCAUCUGCAAUAAAUAAGCAUAA